UUCGAAAUGUAUGGAAAUUAAUUGAUAUGUCAACAAAACACUCAUCAAUGUUUUCAAAGAUUAUUCACAUAAAACAUUAAAAAAAGAACAAUUGAAAAGGGAAAUCAAACACAUACACACACAAAUAAAACGAAUGCUUUGUAAUAAACAAUUGAACACAUGAUAAAAUCAAAUGGAUCUUAUUCUUCAUUUUUUGUACAGUAAGUUAAAAGUUGAAAAGGAUAUGAGCUAAACUAAAGGGAUGACCGGCACGCGAUUUGGGAGAGCUGGAAGAAGCCGAUUUUUCAUAGGCUUAGGUGCACUUGUAAUAACAGUCGUAUUCAUAAAAUUACAGUUGGAUGAAACGAGAAGGAUCGAAGUACAAUGCGAGCAACAGAAAGAAGAUUUGGAGAAAAAGUCAAAAUCGGAAAGGAAUGAAUGCGAACAAUUAAAAUAUAAUCUGGAAAUUCAAUCUCAAAAGCAAGGUGAAAUUAAGGAGAGAACUGUUCAAGAGUCAAAUACCAAGCUGACAUCACUUCAACAGCAUUACAAACUUUUGAAAAAUCAAUGCGAAGAUUUGAAAGAGGAAUGUUCCAAAACCAAAACCAGCCAACUUGAUAAAAUAAAUACUUUACAAAAUAGUUUGAAUUCUUAUAAAAAGCAAAAGUCGUGUGAAGAAAAGGAUAAUGAAAUUGAGAUAUGGAAGGCAAAGUACUAUGCACUAUUAAACGAGAAGACCGCUACAAAACAACUGGACUUCCGAUCGACAACAGAUGAUACGAAAGACAUAGCUGUGCUAAAAAAUAAAAUAGAAAGUCCAUCAACACAUGCCACGGUGACAAAAAACUUUAAUGCACAAAUUGCAAUCAGUGAUAAACUGUAUGCAAUUUCAAUUAAAUACAACAACAAUAACAACACCUCCACCAAAUCAAUUGAAAAAGAUAAAGAGAAUCUUGUUAAAGCAAAAACACCAUCAACUGCUUCUAUAGUUUCUUCAAUCAACCAGAUAAAAUUCAAUAGAAAGACUGAGGUGAAUAAUGAAAAUGGAACAUCGAUCACGAUUGAGAACAAUAACAACAACAACAAAUCUGAUCAGAUUGAACAGAAACUCAUUAAAUUUCCACAAGGGGUGGUCCCAUUUGUUCAACCCAAUUUAAAUAAUUUAAUUGACCAACAAUCUUCGGAAAACAGAAAUCAACGCGAAAAUCAAAAGAGUCUCGACACAUUGAAAAGAUUGCAAAAGGAAAAUGGUGAAGAUGUGGGUGCUCGAGAGGAAACCGAUAAUAGCAACUAUUUUGUUGCAGAAGAACGCAAGGAAGAAAAUUUGAACCAAGCAUAUGAAACGAAUGACAAAUCGAAAAAGGGCAAAGGAAAGAAAGAUCAGUCGAACAUAAAUGAUGAUGAUCUUCAAGUGAUACAACAAGCCAGUGAUGUUCUUGAGGACAAUCGAAAUAAAUUGAAAAAUGAAGUCAAUGAAGAUCAGGGUAAGGCCUACGCAGACGAAAUGAACUUUCAAGUCGAAGAUGAAGAUGAUGAUGAAUACGUGGACCAUCGUGGUCAUCAACAAGGUCAAGCUGUUCGAGAACGCCGUUGAACGGGAUCCAUAUAAUUUAAUAUUUGUGUGUUUUAAUAAUUAUUUAGAUUGAUUAACUUGUAAAGUUGGUUUUCUAUCACAGCAAUUAAACAUUUUACUUUUAAAUUCAAGUGAAAAAAAUUCAUUUACUUUCGAAUUAUGAAUAAACGAGAACACACCCAAAA